CAUAUUUCAUACAGUAAGUAUCCCAAGAUUUUUAUUUUCUACACAGCACAAGUUUAGGUUAUUUAAAGAUAGUCUUGUAUUUUGUUUCAUUAUAAUGAUGUAUGAUUUGUAUUUUUGCUGUAGGAACAGCAGGUCACAUAGUGUUAUGCUAGAUACCCUGGAUUGGUUACACAUAUCAGUCGCGACAUAGCUGAAAUUUUGUCUAUUACAUGAUAAUUGUAAGAUAAUUGUAUUGGAAAGACAAAGUGUUUUAUGGAAACCUUCACAACUCUUGCAGUUAAGGAAUUUAUAUUUUUAUACAAUGGUUAUUCCAAUCAUCCUUUUCUUUUGUAUGGUUUACAGAAUAACAAUGCCUGGUGGAGGGCUGAAGAAGUCGUGCCCUGCAUGCCUACAAAAAAUUUUUAAUGGAUGCAAGGUCUGCCCCUUGUGCAAGGCAGCACAGCCGCAACAUAUAAGGCUGAAAAAAAAAUGGACAAAUUCAAGAUGGAGAAGGAGUCUUGGGUGUGUAAGACAAAGAAAAAUCAAUUAACGUCUCAUUUAUUGGAUGAUGCCGUUAUUUUGAUUGAGAAGCUGAAUGCAGUGGGCUGGAGGCCCAUGCUUUUUCUUGAGUACCCGAACCAAAUAGUCAAGACGCUGCUGCCGGAGGGGCUCAAAUUGAGUGCAGGGGAGAAAAUAUGCGUUGACAACAUGAAUACUAUCUACAGCAUGAUAGUUAAAGGAAAUACAGUGCCGGCAGACCCUUCAACUGAAAGUCUGCAACUUGAUCCAGAACAGGAGACUGUUGUUGUCUUAAAUUUGGAGACUAUUCCAGACCCUCCACCUCAACAAGUUGAAGCUCUUCUGCCAACCAGCCCUGCCACCGACACCAAUGAGGGGGGACAGAUUGAGACAGUUGAAGCUCUUCUGCCAACCAGCCCUGCCACCGACACCAAUGAGGGGGGACAGAUUGAGACAGUUGAAGCUCUUCUGCCAACCAGCCCUGCCACCGACACCAAUGAGGGGGGACAGAUUGAGACAGUUGAAGCUCUUCUGCCAACCAGCCCUGCCACCGACACCAAUGAGGGGGGACAGAUUGAGACAGUUGAAGCUCUGCCAACCAGCCCUGCCACCGACACCAACAGGGGGGGGGGGAUGACAAACCAACGAAAAGACGUCAAAGGACAAAAGUUUCUAAAAAAGAAAUGGAUUGUCCCCACAACAUCCAAGAGGUGCACGCAUAUAAAUGCGUAAUUAAAACAAGAAAGAGAAAGGGGAAGACGGAGAAACUGAUUGAUUGGCUCCCCUGCAAACUGUGUGGGAAAACCUGGCCUCCAACCUGGGAGGCUGCCUGACACACUCACACACACACACUCACUCACUCACUCACUCACUCACUCACUCACUCACUGACUCAC